CAGCCGCUCAGGUACAACUCUAGCAAAUGGAAGACAUUGAGGAUUUGUUGGCCGGCGGCGCCGGCGGAGCGCCGCCGGGUUUCCGUCUGGUGGUUCCAGCUGCCGUAGGUGUCAAGCCAAGGAAGAAGCCUUUGCAAGAUUCUCUUAAGAGCUACGAUACAGCUAAAAUCCCUGGCACUCAGACAAUCUACAUGAAAACUUUCGGCUGCUCACACAAUCAGGUAAACUUUUCUAAGCUGAGGAUUUGUUUUCUAGCUGUUUUCUUUGUUUCAAACUGCGAAGUGAAAGCAAGUGAUAGUGAAUAUAUGGCGGGGCAGCUUUCUGCAUUUGGAUACAGUUUAAGCGAAAAUCAGGAUGAAGCAGACCUAUGGCUGAUUAACACCUGUACAGUUAAGUCUCCCAGUCAGUCUGCCAUGGAAACACUUAUAACUAAAUGUAGAAAAUCAAAAAAGCCUCUUGUCGUUGCCGGGUGUGUUCCUCAAGGAAGUCGUGAUCUAAAGGAGCUUGAAGGAGUGAGCAUAGUUGGAGUGCAGCAAAUUGAUCGAGUGGUAGAAGUCGUUGAGGAGACCCUGAAAGGACAUGAGGUGCGGCUUUUGACUCGGAGGACAUUACCAGCACUUGAUCUCCCAAAGGUUCGAAGAAACAAGUUUGUCGAGAUCCUUCCAAUUAAUGUUGGGUGUUUAGGUGCUUGCACCUAUUGCAAAACAAAACAUGCUCGUGGUCAUUUAGGAAGCUACACAGUUGAUAGCCUUGUGGGUCGUGUGAGAACUGUUAUAGCCGAUGGAGUCAGGGAGAUCUGGUUAAGUAGUGAAGACACUGGAGCAUACGGUCGUGACAUUGGAGUUAAUCUUCCAAUUUUGCUAAAUUCUUUAGUAGCAGAGCUGCCUUCGGAUGGGAGCACAAUGCUCCGAAUUGGAAUGACUAAUCCUCCUUAUAUUCUGGAGCACUUGAAAGAGAUAGCCGAGGUUUUGCGCCAUCCUUGUGUUUAUUCUUUUCUUCAUGUACCAGUUCAGUCAGGAAGUGACACCAUCUUGACUGCGAUGAACCGGGAGUAUACUGUGAGCGAAUUUAGAACAGUGGUUGAUACAUUAAUUGAACUAGUUCCUGGGAUGCAGAUAGCCACAGAUAUUAUAUGUGGAUUUCCUGGGGAAACUGACGAAGAUUUUGAACAGACUGUCAAGCUAAUCAAGGAGUACAAGUUUGCUCAAGUUCACAUAUCACAGUUUUAUCCUAGGCCUGGAACACCUGCUGCAAGGAUGAAAAAAGUUCCCAGUAACGUUGUGAAGAAACGUAGCCGUGAGUUGACUACUGUAUUCGAGUCAUUUACACCAUAUGUCGGGAUGGAGGGGAAAAUCGAGAGGAUAUGGAUUACUGAAGUAGCCACUGAUGGAACACACUUAGUGGGCCACACAAAGGGAUACAUUCAAGUGCUAGUGGAUGGGCCUGAAAGCAUGUUGGGUUCUUCAGCUAUGGUCAAGAUAACUUCCGUAGGAAGAUGGUCGGUUUUUGGAGAGGUGAUUCAGAUCCUAAACGAAACCGCGCACUUUCCCAAGAAUCAUGACUCUGUAGAAGAACACUCGUGUUCCAGCUUGAAUGAAACCUGCUGUUCGAAAGAGGCUGAAACAUGCGCCUGUGGAUUGACAUCAGGCUGUGGAAAAACCGAACAGGAAACUGUUUUCGGCACAAAGGAUGUCCAAAAGCCGGAAGACAGCAGAAGCCAAAAUCUAGUAGGAUGGUUUUUAAGGAAGCGGAAGAACAUUAGAUCUCAUAGGACGAUAGAGAAUGAGAGAAAAUCGGAACUGGAUGAGAAGCAAGAACCCUGUAGACAGGUUCAUGACUGGAGUUCGGUUGAUAAAGCCCUUCUUUUCGGAAUAGUUUAUUUGUUCUGUGGGGAUCUAUUAUUGUGUUGUAAUGUUUUUUGUUUCCUACAUUUCAUACUGGCUGAACGUCAAAUUCAUGUUUUGAGAAGUUAUGAAUUCAGAAUUCCUGUGAAGUUGCAGCAAAUCAUCUACAUGAAACUGAAGACAGGGAGAACCGUGGCCGGUUAUCGAGCUUCAAACUUUCCAACUUUUAAAGCUUACCCUCACAGAAGUGAGUCUGACCUGGCAGGCAACCUCUUGAAGAAGUUGACAGGUGCUGGUGGCAGCUUGUACCGCAUCCUCGGAUGGCGCAACACUAGCCCUUGGAUCUCUCCAGUUCAACAAGGCAAGUGCCCUCUCCCCUUGAUUCGCCACGUCAGCUGCCACAGUCUGAACUCGACCCGCCACACUCCUCAACCUAUCGUACCUCAUCCUCACAAAGUCGCUCGGUUUAGUAGUGGGGAACGAAUCAAAUUCCUCUUCGAGUUCAUCCGAGUUGGCAUUCUCCGCCUGAGAAAGAUUCGGGUCCAUGUGGAGCGGAUUCCUGGGCCUAAAACGGUAAUUCCAAAGCCCGAUUGCGAAAAGAUAAAGAAAAACCGUGGGGAAAAUCAGCUCGGGAUAGCAGACGAGUAUCAAGAACAAGAUAUGAACAAGGACUGUCGUAAUCGGGUAUUUCCACUGACAUAUCCCCUCGAACCACGCGCACGCGUGCUGAACUCCCGAGACAACCGUCAUCACACGAUGAAAAUUGGCUUUGCUCCUCCGCAGGCUGAACAGCUGGUGGUCCACGUCAAGCAUGUACUCGAUGACCUCAGCCCGAAGCGGAGGCUCAGCCCGCGCCAGCUCAGCCGCCACAAUAUUCAUCGCGUAGUGCCUCAGCAGAUCGACAUGCUUGACGUCUAUCGGGUGCACGUAGUGCAUUUUAGGCAGCAGCGGCCUCCCGUAUUGGGCCAGCAUGUGGGCCCACGCGGUGCACGUGAACCUCACCGCCAGGUGGACCUCUCCGUUUCGUUUCAGGCCCGACGGGCCCAAAACCAGGAGCGGGUACGUGUAGGUGUAAACCCGUUCUGCCUCCAGAGUCGACACCCGAAUCCUCACCUUCCCCAUCUUCUGGUCCUUUGGAGCACCCUCCCCUCCGCUGACCUGGCAGUUGUCGAAAACUCCGAGCGUGAAAACGGUGCACGGGUCGAAAACCUCCCACGUGUACUGCUCGUUCCACGUCGGGUGACAGCUGUCGAGAAUCGUCCUCGUGCGGACCCACUUGCUCCCGUAUUUUGCCACGCAGUACGCGUCGGUCAGCUUUCCCUGUUUCGCCUUCAUCGCCGCGAGGUUCCGAGCGCUAAGUAUCCCGAUUUCGAGAAUCCCGACACUCCGCUUUCUCAGCUGAUUACCCGACGGCUGCCGAUCGCUCCCGAACUGAGUCAACUCGUCCAGCACGUGAUAACCCGCGUCUAA